AUGAGUUUACAAAGAAGGCUUGCGUCGAACAUCACACGGGUGAUCAGCUGCAACUUUAGGAACAUCCGCUCGAGAAAUGAUUCCCUCGAAAUCAUUUAUGAGAAUGAUGGUCAGUUGGUAGCACAGGUUUUUAAGCAAAUGAUUUUGAAUGCAGGCAAGCAAGAAAAGCUGAUAAUGCCGUUCGUCUGGCUCAGAGAUCAUUGCUCCUCGAGCAAGUACUUCCACGCGCCAACGAAUCAGAGAAAGUCGAACUGUGUCGAACUGUUGAGCCGAGCCAAAGUGAACGGAGAAGAGCAAGUGACAUUGAAUGAGCAGGACGCCCUCUGUAUUGAUUGGAACGACGGCCAUCGAUCGGAGUUUGAAAUUCGCGACCUUUUGAGCAGAGCGUUACGAAAAAAGAGCCCCUCCUUGGAGAGUGUCAUAAGUCCGUGGAAUUCAGAAUUAAAGCAUAUCCCGAGAAUCUCAAAGUAAGUUAAUUAUAAUUAGUGAGACAAUCAAUUCGAAGUUUUACAGUUCCUCGUUGGAAUUGAAGACAUUCUCUGAGCAUCUUGUGAGAUACGGAGUAGUUGUGAUCGAGGGAGUCGAGGGAUCGGCCGAAGCGACGGAGAAGCUGUGCCAGAGUCUGAUUCCUGUUCAUGAUACGUUCUUCGGGCAGUUCUGGGUGUUCAGCAACUCCGCAUCAGAGGUACGUUCGAGCUGUUCAGCUCAGAAAUACAUAAUAACUUCUUGAAGGAUGAACCGUCAUAUGAGGACACCGCCUAUGGUAAUGAAGAUAUUGGACCGCACACGGACGGAACCUACUUCAAUCAGGCGCCGGGAAUCCAAGUGUUUCACUGCCUUCAACCGGCAAAGACUGGAGGAGACACUGUACUCGUGGAUGCGUUCUUUUGCGCUCAAAAAUUGAGAAGCGAGGAUCCAGAGGCAUUCGAAACACUUUGCAAGACGAAGGUAACCUAUUCCACUAUCAUUAUUCAUCACUUACUUACUCUGUUUCCCAGAUCGCUCACCAUUACCUGGAGGGCUCUCCUCCCGGUUCCUCCAUUCAUAGCGUCAGCUUGGAGAAGCAAGUGAUCGAGACCGAUUCUUCAGGAAACGUGACUCAAGUCCGGUAAGUCUUUUCUUCGCUCUUCCGAUUCCAACUUCACUUUUCCAGUUUAACCCAUACGACCGUGCCCCUUUCAACUGUCUCUCCUCUUCCGAUUCUUCAGCUUCUGACGCCAUCCGGUUCUACGAAGCAUAUCAAAAGUUCUCUAAGCUGUGCCAUGAGCCCAUCAAUGCAGUCAAAAUCGCUCUGCGGCCUGGAUCCGUGA